AUGCAAAUCGACAAUACAAAUGGAAUGAUCACCUUGCCCGAAAAUUUUUGUACAAUUUUGCAAACAAAAGAAGAAUUGGUCGAAUGCGUUUUCCCAAAUAUCAUUCAGAAUCACAGAAGCUAUGAUUGGAUAGCAGAACGUUCAAUAUUGGCACCGAAGAAUAUACACGUCAAUGCAAUGAACUUCCAAAUUCAAGAAAAAAUGCCAGGUGAAGUCAUAACUUAUAAAUCCAUUGACAGCGUUAUGGAUGAAGAUGAAGCUGUGAAUUAUCCAAUUGAAUUUCUGAAUUCAUUGGAACCACCUGGUACACCGCCACAUCUUUUGAAUUUAAAGGUUGGUUCACCAAUCAUAUUACUACGGAAUAUCAAUACUCCAAAAAUGUUUAAUGGUACACGACUGGCAAUAAAGAAGCUAAUGCCAAAUUUGAUUGAAGCAACUAUACUCAAUGGCAAAGCGAACGGCGAAAAUGUGCUUAUACCACGUAUUCCAAUGAUUCCAACAGACAUGCCAUUCAAUUUCAAACGUCUGCAAUUUCCGGUGCGUUUAACAUUUGCCAUGACUAUAAACAAAGCACAAGGACAAACAUUUCAAAUAGGCGGAGUAAAUUUGGAAGAAUCGUGUUUUUCACAUGAGCAAUUAUAUGUUGCGUGUUCGAGAGUCGGUACUGCACAUCGUUUAUUCAUUCAUGCACCGGACAGUAAAACUAAGAACGUUGUUUAUCAAAAUGUUCUAGAAUAG